GUGAUCGUUUGGAGUGGACUGAACAAGCCAGCGGCCAGAUACGAUGCCCCGAAGACGAUGAGGCCUUUGAAGCUUGAGACAACCGAUGCUGCUUUGAAAGCUAUCGAAAAAUUUAGGCGUCAAGAGGAAGCGAACGAACGAUGCGAACUGAGUAUCGGUGUCUCAUGCAAAAAUCCCGGCUGUGAUAAGGUAUGUUGCGACUGUGCCUAG